AUGUCGGAUGAAAAUUUAUCAAAUGUUGUUACUGAUUCAAUUAAAUCGACAUUGAACGAACCAUCAGAUAUUGAAAUAAAAAAUAAUGAUAAAGCUAUUACGGAAGAUGAAGAUUUGUUUAGUAAGACUGUUGAUAUAGCGACCACUGGUAAAAAUGUCGAGGUUCAUCAGGCAUUACCACAUUUUACUGAUAAUGACAUUAAUGUUGAUGAUAUUAGUGACAGUGAUAGUGAUAGUGGCAGCAGCAGCAGCAGCAGCAGUAGCAGUAGUAGUGAUGAAAGUGAUGGUGAUGAAGGAGAUUUGGAAGAAGAAGAAGAUUUAGAAGAAGAAACAGAAGGAGGUGACAAUGAUAUGGGACCUAUUAGAUCAAAAAACGAAUUAUUAGAGGAACCUGUGAUAGAAAUUCCAGAAGAUUACAAAGUUAAACCAAAUGAGAAGAUUCAACCAUUAGGAACAAUUAAAUCUAUUUAUGAAAAUAAUAUUAUUGUAGCAGCUACUAUCUCAGGUGAACAACGUGUUUUAAAAGAUGGUUCAAUAUUUUGUUUAGAGAAUAGAGAAGUUAUUGGUACAUUAAGUGAAGUAUUUGGUCCUUUAACAAACCCAUUCUAUAGAAUAUGUUUUAAAAAAGAAAAACAAGAACAAAUUGAAAAUUUAGUCAAAGAUAAUAUGGGUUCUAUUGUGUAUUAUGUUGUACCAGAGGCUCAUUGGGUGGAUACCUUUGAAUUGAAAAGAAUGAAAGGUACUGAUGCUUCAAAUGGGUUUGAUGAAGAGUUACCAGAAAGUGAACAAGAAUUCUCAGAUGAUGAAAAAGAAGCUUUAUUUAAAAAGAUGAAAAAAGAUUCUAAGAAUAAGAAUAAAAAUAAAAAUAAAAAUCAAGUUAAUACAGAUGGUAAUAAGAGAAAAAAUACUACUACUACCAAUAAUAGAAAUAACAGUUAUAAUGUUCAGAAACCAAAUAAUAGAGGAAAUAACAAUAACGUGAAAAAUUAUACUUCAAAUAGAAAUAACAACAACAAAUAUGGUGACUACCCUACUAUGAGAUUACCAGUAGGUAUGACUACAUCAUCGACAACUCCAUCAGUUCAUGGCUAUGUUUCAAGAACAGCACGUCAACAUACUGGAAUGGAACAGCCACAGAAGCCACGUCAAGAUAAUUCAAUGUAUGACGAUGAUGCAUAUAUUGCCCCUAAACAAAAAAAUCAACCUCAGGAGUUCACUAGAGAACAACCAUACGCACCUUCAGCAUCUUUACAACAAGGAAAUAUAUACUAUAAUUCCUCCAACCAACCACAUUCAAAUAUAAACUACCAACAACCUAACGCCAAUAUGAAUUACCAACAGCCUAAUAUGACCACUAAUAAUAAUCAAUAUAAUCCAUACGCUAUGUCUCAAAUGCCACAAAUGCCACCACAAAUGGGAUCAAUGUACCCUUAUCAAUACUAUGGUAAUUCACAAACCCAACAACCGCAUAAUCCUCAGUUUCAAGGCAAUGGACAAUAUGGUGCUCAACCAUCUCAACCACCACAGCAGAAUAUGGAUCAAGUUAUGCAACUUCAUCAACUACUUAUGAAGCAAGCUCAAAAUUCACAAGGUCAACAUUCACAAGACCCACGUUCACAGCAAUUUCCAUCACAACAAGGCUCAAACUAUGGAAACCAAGGACCUUACUGA